AUGGUUCACCCCUUCGUGAAAACCCUUCUCUUCGUCCUAGGGAUCCUCACGUUGGCGUCCGCAACGCCAGUGCAAAAGAAGAAAACGCAAAAAUCAAGCAAGGAUGGAGACUGUACUGACUGGGAAACACUCACCGAAAAGGUGUGGGAGAAGUGGAACGUUACGGACUGGCUGAAAGAAGAAGAAAAUUCUCAUUACACUGGCGGAAGCUUGAUAUCGCAUCUCAGAAACAAAUAUGCGCCAAACUUGAAGGAUUCCGAUUUCGAGUGCAUUCUUCGAGUCGGUGGUAAAUGCGCGCCCAUUAAGUGUUCGUAUUUCCAAACAGUGUCCCAGAAUGGUAGCGAAGACGAUCAACGAAAGGCCUGGUAUGCAUUCGGCAAGAUCUCGAAUAUGGCAGCUGAGCAUCAAGAGCUGUGGAGAGCUAAUGUGGCCGAAACUAUACUCGAUGUAACCAGUGGUAACCGUCCCGACGUCUAUCGGUUCACUAUCGAUGAGGAGACAACGAACGUCUUAAUCAACGCCUCCUUUGUAACCCAAAGGAUAUUCAUGAAAAUUUACAUGAGUCUCAUAGCAUUUGACUUUUUCUUUGGGCUACCCGAUGAUCAAGUGGCAAAGGCACUCGAGAAAAAGGCCGGAAUUAUUGCCGCCAUCAAGGGGAUGACGGAGAAAUAUCAAAAUUUUCCAACAUUCGACGAUUUAGAGCCGUGGCGCAACGACACAUGGGUGAAAGAGCACCCGUCCGUCGAACCAAAUGGUUACUCUGAUUUUGAGCAAACUCUAAGCGAUGCAUCAAACACGGGCUACUCGGUCAAUCGCCACAUUAGCCUAUCGGAAAUGCUCACAGGACGCUAUGCCACCCGGAGGACAAACCCGGUCCAAUUCUUUAAGGACAGUACGCGGCACCACUAUCUUGCGCUUGCUAUCAACUAUUUCUGGAAGUUGAAUCGGGCAUACAUUGCCGUCGCAGAUGUCCCCUUAGGGGAGUGCGACUCGGAUUCUAGAGGAAACGCAGCAAUCAGAGUGUGUUUGCCUGAUUAUCCGGACAAAUCCUUCUGGUUUUAUUAUAUUUCCCGGAUAGAGGAUAAAUCUGAGACUAGGUCCACUAAUACGCUCGCGCCCCCUCCGCAUUUCAUCCAACUUAAAAAGAACACGAAACGUCAUGAAAACGUGACUGUGGAGGAAAUUACCCGAAGAUCUUGGCAAUACUACUUAUCAAACAAGAACGCUCUCGUUGAUCCAAACAGUUGGAUCGACAAGUUCGAGACGUCCAUGACGAAUCAGACGGGCGGCCAACGCCAAUUGGAUGCAUACACCGCAUGGAAGGGCCAGGCCUUAUUCAAUAUUCCCGUUGCUUACGCACCACGAGGCGACACCAUUUCGAGUAUCAAUACCGAGAAGUUAAUGCACUAUCCGUGCCGAACUGGUGUAGAAAACUGGAUUGAUGAAGGACAAGAAGAGGAGGACACCCACGACUUCCUGCAAGCUUCUCGAAUCUGGUUGUCGUAUAGUUGGAGUAUUUGGUGCGACAACCCCAAAGGCAGCAGAGCAGACUGUAAACAACAUAGGGUUGCGACAUAUGAUUUCCUCGUCGAGGGAGUAAAGAUUCAUUCGCACCUUGAGCCCUGGUACGCAUGCUUGAAACCGGCCAGCGCCGACGGCAUGGGGUGGGUUCCCGGGGAACUGUCUGAAACCGACAAAGAGGGUUGAUCGCUCUUUAUCAAGAAUAAUGUGGCAGAAGAGGGCAGCCUUGGGGAAGAUCGCGAAGUGGUAAUGGAUUAGACCGUCAAAAGUUGGCGGAUAAAACUGUCAAACUGGGGAUGGGCUGCA